AUUAAGGAGUACCAACAUAAAUGGGAACUCCCAAGUGAUUAUAAAGGUCCUGGAAUUUAUAUACCUUCGGAUCAAAAUAUAAAUAUCAAGACUGUUCCAAAGUUGUUUACUCCUUACAAGUUACGCCAGAUGGAGUUAAAGAAUAGGAUUGUUGUAUCUCCAACUUGUCAAUAUUCAUCAAUAGAUGGAUUAAUGGAUGAUUGGCAUUUGGUACAUUAUGGAGGACUUGCCAAGGGUGGUGCUGGAUUGAUCAUCUUGGAGUCAACUGCUGUGUUGCCAGAGGGUAGGAUCUCACCAAAGGAUGCUGGACUUUGGAAUGAUGAUCAAAUAUAUCCAAUGAAGAGGAUAACUGACUUUAUUCAUAAAUACAAUGCAAAGGUCGGCCUACAACUUGGACAUAGUGGACGCAAGGGUAGCACUGUUGAGAUAUUCUUGGAGGACAAAAGAGGAAGAGUUGAGAAUGAUGAGGGAGGAUUUGAUAUUGUUGCUCCAAGUGCAAUUCAAUGGGACAAGAGGUCAAAGGUACCAACAGCUUUGACUAAGGAGGGCAUCCAGGAGGUAGUCCAAGCAUUCAAGGAGGCAGCAAUCCGCGCCGACAAGGUUGGCAUUGACUACCUGAUGAUCCAUGGCGCACAUGGAUACUUGAUCAAUCAAUUCCUGUCGCCACUGUCCAACCACAGAACCGACGAGUAUGGUGGCUCAUUCGAAGGUCGCACCAAGUUUGUCCUGGAGAUCGUGGCCGCCAUUCGCGAGGUGUGGCCUGCCGAGAAGCCUUUGGCCAUCAGACUGUCGUGCACUGAGUGGGUCGAGGGUGGCUUCGACAUUGACGAGGUCAUCAGAUUGGCACCAUUAUUGCAUGCAGCAGGUGUCGACAUCAUUGAUUGCUCGACCGGCGGCAACAGCUCCGAGCAAAAGGUGACCAAGGCGCCACUCUACCAAGUGCCAUUCUCUGAUCGCAUUCGCAAGGCAUACCCAGCCAUUGCCACCAGUGCCGUUGGAAGCAUCAACACACCAACCGAGGCCAACAGUGUCCUAGAUGAUGACAAAGCCGACCUCAUCGUAAUGUGUCGAGCAUUCCUUCGCAACCCAUUCUGGCCUGUAGCCGCAGCCCAAGAGCUCAAAGUUCGUAUCGACUACACUCUCCAAUAUCGUCCAUCAAUCGAGUCAUCAUCUUCUAAA